UUAUGUCUAUUUGUGAUAAUUCCUUAGAGUCUUCACAAAUACCCAAAUGGCUAUUGGAAGAGUGGAUCCCAAGUACUUCUCAUCUUGGCAAUGAAGUGGACAGCCAUCCCGUCUCUCAUUUAGUCCCUUGUGCUAUUUGUCUCUCGUUAGUUCCCUGGAAUUUUAGCUUCGAUCAUCCUUUUGUUGCCUCUCAUUGUAUAAGAUUGUGUCGAAAUUGUCUUGAAUCAAUAGAGAAACGUCGCAUGGAGCUGGCUGAUAAGGGUCUGUUGUUCUCAACUAGGAAUGCUUAUGAACUGUCUUGUGCUUGUUGCAAUAAUGAAUCCCAAAGGUCUCAAGUAUUUUUUACUUGUGUUGGUUGCACCCGUUCCUAUUGCAAAGUAUGUGUGACUCGAAUAUUGGGUGAAUAUGCUGUGGCUACAGGAUUGGUUCAAUUGCAAGCUUGGUUUUGUCCUCUAUGUGUCCGAUUCAACGUACAGGCAAAGGAAACUUUAAAAAAUAGUCGAAAGGAUCAAUUUGUAUUGUUAUCUUUGGUAUCUUUUGCUCAAGCUGGGAAUUGGGACACACCUGAAGCUCUUCCACAACUCACGUUUAAGUCACUGGAAAGGACAGCAGUUGAGUUUGCGUUGAACCAUAUUGCUGGUCCUGAUGAGAGAAUACUUGAAAGAUACGAGAGCAAUUUUCAACAGUAUUGUCGUUGGUUGAAUGAUAGAGAACAAUUACGAUGGGAAUACCGACAAAGAGAAGAAUUCACUCCAAAGAAGAAAAGUAUGGAAUCAAAUGGCGUUCAUAAGAAGACCAAUGAAGGUUUUAUUGAUAAUGCGUUAUGUUUUUGGUGCAAAGAACCGGAAGCAACUAUCACUUGUAGCUUCCCCAGAUGCAGUAAAACCUUUCAUCGUGGCUGUAUUAUGUCAGAAAUAGUGGAAGGCUCCGAUUGGAUUUGUCCUUGGCAUGCCUGUUUAAGUUGUGGAGCAGUGGAAAGCAACGAAAAUGUUUUAAGAAAGUGUAGAACUUGUCCUAUUUCCUAUUGUGCCUUACAUGUUCCUACAGACAAAGUUUAUCAAGGGGAAGAAAUAUAUUAUUAUGGAGAACAUUAUAUUUUAUGUCAACGAUGUACUCCUUUUGUAGAGAGACCUACUCGAAGAUGGAAGAGCUCGGAGAACAAUCACAUGAUAAAGGAUAAAAAGGAUAUGGAUAUCAUCAGAAUGGAUGGUCAUAAACAUGCAUCUAACCAAGAAAUGUCAAAGGAAUGGAAACGAAUUCGCAUCGAAAAGACUGCAGAAGAAACUUCUCAUUUCAUAGGAAUGACUCGAAGGGAGCAUCGGAAUAAGACAUCCAAAGUAACUAGCCAUCCAACUAUUCCAAAUCAUUCAGUAGAUGAACAAGCUGCUAUGCCAUCAUCCAAUAAAAGGGCAAGUCGCAAAUCUGAUGAUGUCAACAGUAGAAUUGCUCGUUUGGUAGCUGAAAGAUCUCAUGAAGAGGUUUCUGUGGAUAUGGAUCAAAUGAAAGAAUAUAUUCGAGAAGAUAUUCAAGAAUUGGGAGUAAGCGGGCCUUGUCGAUUGGCGGCACUUUAUGUGUUAAAAAAGGCGGGUCGACCAUUGUCUACUUCAGAAAUUGCUGAAAGAAUGGUAUUGGAAGGUUUAUGGUUACCAACUGGUGCAACUCCAGUGAAUACCAUUGCAGGUUUAUUGUCAUCAGAUAGCAAAAAAGCAAAAGAAAGGAAUGGUUCCUAUAUAUAUUUCGAUAGAUUGGGUCCAAGCUUAUUUGUUUACAAUCGACGUGGACGAGGAUAGCAGGACUAUUGUCUCUUCAACUCUUCUACUAUUAUACUUGUCAUGCACUCAACGACCAUUUUUAUGUAUUCACUCAUAAAAAGCAAUUCUUAUUUCUUCUUAGAAUCCAGUUUACCAAGCGUCCAUAACUUGCAGUCUCAAUUCAUUCCACUUGGCUCGAAAAGUGACAUGUCGCAAAGAAGCAUGAAAGAAUAUAAAUACGCAAGCAACACUCAAAUAAACAAAUAAAGAUAGGAAAAAAGAAGACCAUCCUAUCACAAUCAGUGUAAACCCUAACAAAAAGAAUAAACGUAGCCUUGGACUCAACUUCCACUGUGGAUAACCAAGGGUUGAAAAACUCCAAACUCGUCUGUCACUCCAUAUUGCUCUAUACCACAGUCCAAGUAAUAAUAAUAAAACUAUUAGUGUCCAAGGAUGUAUAAUAGCGUACAAAAUAAUUGUAAUAAGAAACAAUCUUAAAUAGUUGGCUGAAAAAUAUUCGGCGUUGAUUGCUAAACGUCUAUAUAAAGAAGUAGGUUUAGGA